GAAGCAUCGCUUACUCAAAUGAUAAGUUAACCUGUUCGAGGGUUCAUUUCGGCAUCUGCAAACCAGCAUGAGGUUAGGGUGUUGGGCGGUUAAUGUAACCCAACGCUAACCGGUACCGUAUAUGCUGCCACACCUACCUCAGCUCCAGUUUUCCCUUCUCUUCGUUCGCUCCCAGCUAUCUACCCUCCUCCCACUGAUCUACCUAUCGUACCUAUCUACUCACCGAGCGCCCCCAGGCAGAGCCAGCAAACAGGAGAAAGAAACUAGCCCUAAAAACUUCCUCCAGAUUUUACCGGGUUUUGAUCGCUACUCGCUUUAUAAUGCCUGCUGCGGCAGACAAAUCGUCGAAGCCUACUAUCGAGGUCACAAAGCAGGGAAGGUACAACAUAGUUAUUGGGGACUCCCUCAAGCGAGAGAACGGCCAUGUAGACGGAGAUCUCUUCGCGAGUGUCAAAUGUUUGUGAAUCCACCCGCCCACUUUACCCCACUUUGCUAGUUACUCUUCUGUGAAGCGAUUGGGUGGAAGUCGGAUUUGAAAUUGACUCAACAUCUGGCGUAGAUAAUUUUAAGCCGCCGUCUUCACUAGCUAACGGCGUCCCCCCUCGUCUCACUAAGAGUGAGGCUGGCGGUGAGGCGCCCUACACUUUAACGCUCACACCCCCGAGCCAGCCCUCUCCUAACCAUAUCGUCUACGAGGGUGCCCAGCAUAUCCCCAAGAAGACCGAAUGUAUCCUCCUGUUCGAUCCUGAGAAGCAAACCUUCACUCUGGAAAAGCUGUCUUCAGCUUUCACCUUUAAUGCGAAGGUAUUUGCGAACGCGCACCCUCCACUUCCUCUACGGCCGCCCGUAGUGGACGGGGAUGAUGAUGAGAUCUCCGCAGAUGAGAAGGAGGACGACAAUCCGUUUGAUUACAGGCAUUUCCUCAAUAAGAAGGCUACCACCAAGAGCCGAGCCGAGCAGCGAGCAGAGAAGGAGGAGAGGAGAAAGAAAGCUUUGAUCGCUGCCGGGGCCUUGUCGGAGAAUCCCGACGAGUCGGACGGAGAGAAGGGUGGAAAGGAUGAGGAAGAGAGUGGAUUAGGGCUAGGUAUUACAUACGGUGGGCGCCCGCCUAUCAGCAGCAGGGUUAGAAAACCCUAUAGCUCAAACAGGAAGACCAGCGGGAAGAGCCCCACUAUUAGUGGGAGGAGGAAUCCCUCAGCAGGGCAUCGUGGCAUAACAAUUCCGAGCCCCGGUGUUCGCGACCGGGCUUCUGGUUCGGAAGAGAGCGAAGCGGAUGAUGAGGAUAACGACGAGGAUGACGAUGAGCACUAUGACGCCCCACCUCGUCACGUAUCUCCGCCUCACAAGCCUGUACCCAAGAAUACCCGACCCAUCGACGAGGGGGAUAUGGAGCCUGCGUCCAAGACUGACAUUUCUGAGGAAGAGGAAGAUAUAUCGGACGCCGACGAGGAAUCAGACGACGAGCCGAAUCCUCCCAGAGCUCCUCAACCGGUUGCUCCUGUGGUAGCGCCUGGGCAAGAUGAGGAGGAAGAGGAAGAAGAAGACGACGAUGGCUUCGACUUCGUUUUGGAGCUCGAGCAAGCCCUGGAGAGUGGAGAGGACCCCAGCACCGCUGUCCAGGGAGGCGAUUCGGAGAUCAUCUUCGAAGACGACGACGCGACCAGCAGACCAAAACUAGGACUCGUCCAUAAAUCUGCGGUCCCCACGAGUCUCUCGAGGAUGGUUGGUGGAGAAGUGCUCGAUGAGAGCGAGUCCAGUGAGGAGGAAUGAGGAAUGAGGAGUGGGGUUACAGCGGAGGAUUUAGACUGGAGUUUGUGUUAUUUCACGGGUUAGUUUUCUUGUUCUCCUCUUCAGUCUGUCUGUAGAUAGUUUUAUUUUAUUUUAUUUUUUUAUCUUCCAUUUUUCACCUUCUAUUCUUCCUUUCCCUCUUUUAGUUUUUCUCUUUUUCCUGCUCUCCCCCGCGUAGGGGAAAUGAGGCAGGGCCAUGUCGAUAAACGAGCUAUGGCAUGGCACGGCACGACACGUCUAUCCGUCCGUACAGUAUGUAUGUAUAUGUACCUUGACGGAAUAGGGAGGUUUGGCUACUAGUACCGGUGCUCGAGCACAUACGGUACAAGUACUCGAGUACCGAUAUGAUACGACGGCCAUCCUCCGUGCCCAUUACAACCACAGUCAAAGAAAAAACCACACCUCUUUUUCUGCCAAGACCUCCUGUCAUUGGCUGAAAACCUUUUCUCACAGCCUCACCUCUUUACCCCGCAGUUAGAAGCCCCCCUCCUACCAGCCAUGGAUCCUUCCACCUCCCUAGGGGGGAAGAAGGAGAAAGGCCCUCGCCCCCCUCCUGCCCCUGUUCCGAAAUGGAGAGGUAGCAGUAGCAGAACCCCACCUAUUUUUCGGCCCUUGGGCCCCCCCUCUCUUAAGAGGCCACGAAGCGAUAUCACCUCCACCCUCCCCGUGAUACCUCCCGAGGUACAGGAGGGGUCUGUUCCAAGGGCUCCCUAUUUUCAAGACCUUUUCGUCAUGAUAGGUCUUCAGAUGGGCCUCACCGAAAACCCCAAACUUGGCAACUCCUGGCUCAUUGCCUUUAGAAUGAUGCAGCUGAUGCAUAACGACUACAGGAGAGCGGUUGAUGGCCUCACUGAGGACCUUGCCGCUUUAACCAAGGAGUGUGAGGCGGCCCGUGCCCCCCCUCCCCUCCCUCAGCCUGCCACCACUACUCCUGCCUCGGAGCCCCUCAAUCCUACAGUCCCAAAGUUCCUCUCGGCCCCCCCUACUACCUCUACUACUGCCCCUGCCGCCCCUGCUCAUUCUGCCCCCCCUAGUUGGGCAACAGUUGCCAGGAAGCCCAGGAGGUCUGCCCCCACGAACCAGAAGGUGGCCCCCCAGGCCCAUAAACCCUCCCCCCCUGGCUGCUGCCCAGCCUGCAAGAAAGGGCCUUACUAUGUGAGAACGUCGCCUCCUUAUUAAGAGGGAUGGCUCCCCCCUAGCGUCUACUGCCGUCCAGCUUCGCGACGGUAUCAACAAGGCCUUGGCCUCUACUCUUGCCCAGUCUGCCUCCUUAGCAGGUGGUCUCGUCACUCUCACUACAAUGGACUCAGUUAAGGCGACCACGCUUAACAGCAAGGCUGGCCUCUUCCUCCACCUCAUCCCAGGUGCCUCAACCGUUCAUCUCGACACCCCUGCCACCCAAAUCCUGGUUCAUGGCAUUCCUACCUCCUUUCCCCUAGCCUCUGUGGCAAGCGAACUCACUACCUUUAACCCUGGCCUGUCCCUUACGGAGCAGCCAAGGUGGCUCACCUCUGAUGAUGUGUGGGAGGGCAAAUCUGCCUCCACAGUCGUUAUCUCUAUUACUGGCCUGAAGGCUGAAUCCUUUGUGAGCAGACGCCUCUCUGCCUUUUCCAACCUCUAACGUACUGAGCGCCGCCUGCGCUACAACCGAUACACUCAAUGUUCUACCUGUCAUAGCUAUGGACAUCAUACCAAUAAAUGUGUCAGCUCUGCGAGCUGCCAUUGGUGCGCUUUGCCACAUGCUACUAGGGAUCACACUUACCCUACUUCCACCUGUCGUGUUCGAGGUCGCCCCUGCAGCCACUCUACUGUGCAGUGCAUUAACUGUGAUGGACCCCACGAUGCCCACUCCCUUACCUGCCCCCUUCGCCCUCAACCAGCCCCUUUGGGGGAUGGGGAAAGGGCUGAUGACGAGGUAGAUAUGUCAACCAGUUGACCUUAGUUUCUGUUUGGGGCUUUGGUUUCUUUUUUUUUCGUUGCAUCGGUGUAUGCACAGCUAUACUGUGUUGGGCCUGUCAGGUCGGUAGCCUGUUAGGGGUCGUUACUUUACCUUAUAUGGGCCCGGAGUAUGUGAACUGGGUGUCGUCUCUUAUCUGUUAGUCAUCUUACACGAUGCGAGGGGCUAUAUUAGCCCGAAAAUAGUGGCCGAUUACCAGGCGUAGCCUGUGUGGGCCUUGAGAGGCUUGGAAGCUGGGGAGAUAUGUUUCCUUUUGUUAAUGCGUGUGAAAUUAAGGUUUUUUCUAUUGCCAUACCGCGAGGUGCAUGCAGGUUUUUGAGCCAUAAUCAAUAAACGUAUGAAUAAAAAAAAAAAAAAGAUAUGAUACGAUGGCCGUAAACCCGAACCGCGCCUAUUUUGUGGCAAGUAACGUGGGGAAACAAGGCGAGAAUACCCAAUUUGCUAAGCACAGUGCAAGCACUACGGUAGACUUGUCUUAUGUACUAUCCUCGAGUACGAGACUAGGGGUAUUCAAAGUUGAAAAGGAUGGGGAGUAGAAAUGAGUUGAUACCUGAACCUGCAUUAGUGUACCAGAAGCUCAGGGCCAAUAGGAUCAUAGAGUACCAAGUAUCAUAGUUGAGGCCUCCAGAUUUUUCAUAAUGGAGAAAUAUGGUAAGUAAACUAAAGUUUAGUGUACAAAUGAAAAAAUUUUUACCUUGUAAGAUUCCAACACUGCAAGAGAAACCAGACAACAACAAUAACAGCCCCCAUUGUUACAAUGCCAUGCAAUUAUUCUGAUAGCACUACUUGAACCAAGAACAAGAUGGAGAGCCUUAUUCAGUGGCUUGAGGAUCUCAAAAAUCUUCAAAAAAUUAAAAAAGGUUCUGGGAUAACAAAAAAAGCAGUUGUGAGUGAAAUUGCAGCUUACAUCCCUACGAAGGAACCUGUUAAGGUUGGAUACAAAUACGAUAACCUCAUGAAAGCUUAUCGAGCUGCUGCAAAUCUGAAUAAUCAAAGUAGAUGGGGUUUAUCAGAAGAGAAUUUAUAUGAAGGAAGAAGAAGUUUGCGAGAUAUGAUAGCACAAGUCAUUUUUUCUUAUUUUUAUUAUUCAUUUAUAAUACAAGAAUUGUUAAGUUAAUAAAAAAAUUCAAUAGAUAAGCUUCUAUCAUGGUACGUAUAUUUUUUCCGGUUAGAAAAGAUUCUCGGCAAUCGACUCAAUGUACAACCACCAGUCUCCUGUAACUCUGGCCUCGAUCCAGUUAGUACAGCUACUACCAUUGAUCAAUUGCUGGUAACUGUAGCUCCUAUAAUUCCUGUCGGGAGUAAGCAUAGCAGGCUUCAAAUUCCAAGCUUCAAUGAUAUAGGAGAAGAAGAGGAGGAGAUCACGGUUGAAAAUGAGAGGAGUUUGAGUAGGAGUAGGGAGAGAGAGGAAGAAGAGAAUGAUGGAAGUGGGGAGGCAGCUGUGAUUAUGGAACCGUACUUGGAAGGACAAGAGAUACGAAGAGUAGAUUCUCCAAAUUCGAUCCAAUCUACCACGAUUCGAGGAUCCAGAAAACGCUGAUUUCCAGAAAUGUUAUUAGCCGAUAGAGAAGAGGAGGUAUUAUCAUCAGGGAUUCAACAAAGAAGAAAGGGUAGAUCCAGUACCCUUGUAGAAGGAGUCAGUCUACUCACAUCAGCAAAGGCAGAGGGUGAGGACAAAAAGUUUGACUUUUUGAAUUGACAUCUCUUACAACAAGGCCAGUUACAAGAAAGAGAAAUCAAUUUAAAAAGAGAAAAGCUAGAACUGGAAAGAGAACAGACAAAGGUUGAACAACGCCGAACCAAUUUAUUGUUUCUUCAACUUCAAGAGACAUUAGAAAGAGAAAGUGUUAAUAGUUAGAGGAAUUUUAAAGAACUUAAUCUAGGAAAUUUGGAGUAAGUUAUAGUAUUUCUAGAUAUAUGAAAGUUUAAGUUGUAUUUUGAAUUAUUAUUUUUAUUUUUUGUAAAAGUUAUAUGUCACAUAUUGAUUAUUCUUUCUAUUUUUUUUUUUUAAUUCUCAGGUUAUUUCUUUAAUUAUAUUCUAUUUAAAAAAAAUUUAUACAUUCUAUUUCUCCAUUCUGUCCUAGCCUGAUGUUCAGCUUCAAGUCCUCAGACUAAUACCUCAUCCUUCAGGUUUUCAUCAUUUUCUAUCCCCUAAUCCCUUUCUAUCUCAUAUUUAGGCUGCUACUCCUCAUCAUUUUCCAUAUCGCAAAGAAGAUUAUAUAAUACUAUACAGGCCAUUAUCCAAGCUAUAACUCGUACAUGAUUAUUUAAACUAGUUAUUUUAAUUGGUAUUUCUCUUGGGAAAGACCAUCUGUUUUUUAAAACACGAAAGGCAUGCUCAAUUCUAAUUCAUACUUCUGCUAACCUUCUAUUAAAAUCCUUAAAUCCUCCAACCUCCCAGCUUGCAAGAGGUUCUUUGUAAGGUGUUAUACAGCAAUGAGUAAUGCGAUAAGCCUUAUCUGCCAAAACGUACUUGUCCAGCCGUGAGAAAAGGUUAUUUAGUUGUUUAAAAAAGAAUCUUCUACAGAAAGCUGUUGCAUCUCCAACAGAGACUGAAAAGCCACUUGAAAUGAAGGUGAAUCUUCGUUCGCUAUUCUAAAUACCUUGUAUAUUUAAGGCAUAUUUUUGUUUCCUAUUGAAAUAGGUCUCGCUAUAAUAAGAGGAUCCAUAUUGUAGGAUCAUAUCUGUACUGUCCAGAAAGCCAAUACAUCCCAGAAACCCACUAUCCUGCUCAAUCCGAAUUCUCAUCUCCUGAAAUUCUCUGCUUGCUGGUUGAGGCCACUUGAUAAGGCGUAAAAGAAGUCGAACAAGAGCGUAUAUACUUCAAUUGCAGUAUAAUCUUGCAGUUCCUUCACCGAUUCCUAAUUGAGCUACUCUGUAAACUGUUGAUACGCCAUUAAAGCCUAGAAAAUAUAAAGCUGUUGCCAACUAAAUCGCAGGGGAGGCUUGAGAAUUAUUGGAGUUAUUUUGGAAAAUGGGAUCGGUAUGAAUAAGUAAGAAUAAUCACUAGAAGGAGUUUCGCUUCAUUCAAAAGAAUGCUUUAAAUCUAUCUUCUGACAUUAUGAAAAUCUAAUUUACAUUAAUAUCUGGUUUAUUUUAUUAAAAACAUUUCAUAUUUAAUUUAUUACAUACAUGGUAAUUGAAUAUAUAAUCAGACUGUGGUAUCAGAUUUCGUGGCAUCAAAUACCAUAUCGCUGGUAUUCUAAGUCCACACAACUUAACAGUUUUUAUUUCAUCCUCCCCUAGUCCCUCCUCCCUUCUAUUAAGACAUAUUUCAAGUGUAUUGUCUCCGUUGGAAUUUCUCAUCAUAGGAGUAUCUAACAUAAUAGAAAGAAGGUUCUGGUUGAAGUUUUUGGCAUUCUGAGGUUGAAAAUGAGCUGGGUGCAAAGGCUGAAGAUAAGAAAAAAAGAGGAACAAAUUAUCAUCAUCAUGGAAUAUUGAUUGAACAAUAGUAUUUAAUAACCAUAUAUUAUGAAGUUGAUGCAGAAUUCUUGCUUUUUCUGAGGUACAUGGCAUUGGUCCCUAAUUGAGGUUGUUUGAAUAUCUUUUUUUUUCUUUGGUUUUUUUUUUCUCUUCCUACUCUAAUUAUAUAAUCUUUACAUACUCUGCUACUAAAUACCUACUUUUACUCGUUACUGACCUCUUAACGUCCGUAUCUACCAGGAAAACCUAUAAUAUCUAGUAAGUUAGAUUUAUUAUAAAGUAACUGUUUCUGGCUGUGCCAAGCUUACAUGAAACAGAAUAGUAAGCUACUUUUUUUCAAGUUUUUCAACUUUGAAUACCCCUACUAUGAGUACAGUACUCAGGGGGUGCAGUUAGUCAGGCGACACCCAAAUGUGGCAACUGCACUUUGGUGUAGCAAGCAGGAGUAUGUGUAGGAGCUAGAACAGAAAUAGACUGUUAACCACCUCUAUAGGAUAUUUUUUUGUAUGCAGGAAAAAAGUCCAGCGACACCAAAAGUUAAGUAUCUUAAUACAAUGAAAUAAAGAACAUGUACAGUUACUAGACAAAAGUCUUGGUGAUGGCUUAGUCAGCAAUGGCACAUGAAAAUACAACACCCCUAAGUGAGCCCUUUUACUUUACACUACCCUCCCAACAACCACAAUAAUUCUUUCUGAAAAACCUAGGAUGCCACUCCAAGAAAGGUCAGAUACUGUAAAAGGUAUUAUAAUUGGUCUAUUAUGUAUCAUGUAAAUUAUUUCCACUAAUGACAAGCUUGUUAGAUUGCUUUCUGUUAGUCAUCCAAGUCCUGUUUCUAUGAUUUACAGUUAUUGACAAUUCCAUGUUUUCUUACACAACUAUUCAAGUAUAGAUAUAUGGAUCUUAUAUCUUGAGCUUGGUGUCCUAGCUAGGGCUUCAUGAACAGUAUGAGUAACUAUAUCUGUCAGCUUUCCUGGGAAUCUCUCAGUAUUGGUACAGUGGAUGAUAACUAUUAAGAUGGUGAAUAAAGGGGGGGUAUCUGAAGAUCUAGUAGAAUUUAUAAGGGUUUAUUCUUGAUUUUUAUCUUUGCUAUUAAUUCAAGAUUUAUUUUUUCCUGCUGUUGCCCUAUAGUAGCUAUUUAACUCAUAUAAUACUAGUAUCUACCAGUACCCAGUCAUUCCAGUCAGUGCACAGACUUUGUCUCACCUGGAACGAUCACCAAGACUUUUGUCUAGUAACUGUAUAUAUAUAAAAAAAGGAUAAGACAGAAAGAAAAGUCUAGCUAAUAAGGUGUUGCACCUCCUUCAGCAGCAAUGACAGCAUAUAGGCGAUCAGGCAUACUUGAUAUUAGUUCUUCCAAUUGCUCUGCUCUAAUCUGUAUUCAAAUGGUCCUUAAACAAGCUUGUAAAUUUAUAACAUUUCCUAUCCAGCCCCAGGUUUUACCCAUUUCAGUCUCCAGGUCAAGCCAUAAGGCUUCUAUUAGAUUUAGGUCUAGUGACUGUACCAGCCAAGGUAUCAUAUCUACCCCAUUUAACUCUCUAUAAGUCUUGGCAUGCUUCUUAUGUCCAGGUACCCCAUCCUCUAUAACCCAUACCCAUCCAUACUCUUCACAACAUUGGUGCCAAAAUGGUACCAGAUAUGGCUCCAUAAUCACCUCUAUAUAAACUAUAGAGUCCAUUUUUGCUUUACUGAGAAUGAACACUAGCUCUGACUUGGUUGUUCUACAAAAGCCCCUCCAAGUCAUCAUAGACUCUCUUCCCUACUCAAAGCUUUCAUCUACUAUACAGUCAGGAUGAAAUUCUUCCUCUGGGAGCCAAAUAAUCUAGGGCCAAUGCCCAAACCCAGCCAUUGGAAAUGUGGACUCAUCGGUCCACGAAACUCUCCUCCACUCCUCGCGGGUCCAAUGAAGCCUUUCGCGACACUAUGUCACACAUUUUAGCUUCUUUGCAGGACAGAUAUUGAACUUUCAUCGUAGAAUAUUCUUGUGAUAUCCAAGCUUCUCUACCACAUUCUUGAUAGUUCUUGCUGAGCAGGCAUCACCCAUCUCAAUUCCAAUUUCCCCUCAAGCUAGAUAGUAUGUACGAGCAUCUCGGGUAAUAAAUGCUACAAGUCAUACAAUCUCAGUUUCAUUAAAGAUUGGUGGACGGCCCGUUCGAAAAGCAUUAAAGGGGGUGCUGUUAACUUUUAUCUGCAUAUAUAUCUAUAUGUUAUCAGCAAUUUCCCGGUCUGCUUCUGUGAAUGACUUAACUUACCUUUUGGCAGGUACGAAAAUCUAUUUUCAGUUCUUUUCCUAUUAGUCUCCAACUCCAUCCUGCAGUUUCACAUAAGGUAACAACUUUCAGAUGAUUAUUACAAGUUGUCUCCUCAUGUCUUUUGCCUUGUAGGUUUGGGGUGCAACUUUUUUCAACCUUCAUCUUGUUUUGAACGCGUGAGGAAUUGGAUAACUUGGGGUAGUGAUGCUGUGUUGUUUACGAGUAUGUUAUAUUUCCCAUAUAAAACCUCUACUUAGUUAACAUUGUCUCAAAAGCUCUAAACUUUUUAGACAUUUGUACUAUGUCACCCUACUUACCCUAGUACCCAAGUACAGUACCAGUAGAUUGCAGCCCUUUUUUUUACAGUCAGUACAAACUACCUAAUGUUUGUUAAACAAUGGCCAGUAACAACUAUCCUAAAUUUACUACUACUGUAGCGGAGC